AUGCACAUCAAGCAGAUAAGCAUCCAAGGCUUCAAGAGCUACAAAAACCAGACCGUGGUCAAUCCCUUCUCGCCCAAACUUAACGUCAUUGUCGGUCGCAAUGGCUCUGGAAAGAGCAACUUCUUCGCCGCGAUUCGCUUCGUCCUCAGCGAUGCCUACUCGCAGAUGGGCCGCGAGGACAGACAACAACUCAUCCACGAAGGGACGGGGUCGGCCGUGAUGUCAGCGUAUGUCGAGAUAGUGUUCGACAACGCAGACGGUCGGUUUCCCACCGGAAAUGACGAGCUGAUACUGCGUCGGACCAUUGGCCUGAAAAAGGACGAGUACUCGCUUGACCGCAAGAAUGCAACGAAGCAGGAUGUUAUGCAGUUGCUGGAGAACGCCGGCUUUUCGCGUGCAAACCCAUACUACAUCGUGCCUCAAGGUCGCAUCACCCGUCUGACGAAUAUGAAGGACUCAGAACGUCUCGAUGUCUUGAAAAGCGUAGCCGGGACACAACAGUUCGUUAUAAAGAAAGAAGAGUCUCUCAAGAUCAUGAGCGAGACCAACAGCAAGCUGGCUGCCAUUGACCAGACCUUUGAGCAGAUCAAUGACCGACUUGCCGAACUCGAAGAAGAGCAGGAGGAACUACGGGACUUUCAAGAAAAGGACCGCGAGAAACGGGCAUUGGAAUAUACCAUUUUUCAGCGCGAACAAGAGGAAAUUAACAAGGCGCUUGCAGAUUUGGACGACAGAAGAGCGGGAGGCAUCGACGACGCAGACGAGAAUCGUGAGCGCUACGCCCAGUUUGAGGACGAGAUGGCCAGGAUCACUCAGCAGAUGCAAUUGCUGAACCAGCAAAUCCACACUGCGCGACUCGAAAAGCAACAAUUAGAGGACGAAAAGCGCGAGAAGGCCAAAGCACGAGCACAGGUCGAACUAGAGGAGAAAGACCUCGCGCAAGGGCAAGCUGCAGCAAACCGUGCGAAGGAGACCCAUGAUCGAGAGUUAAAACAAGUCCGAUCACAGAUCAAAGAGAUCGAACAGGAGCUGCGCACCAUCAUCCCCCAGUUCGAAGCAGCGUGCGUCAAAGAGCAAUCCGUCAAAGCCCGUCUGGACGACGCGGUCGCUACUCAACGACGUAUAUAUGGCAAGCAGGGGCGGAAUGCACGAUUCAAGUCGAAGAAAGACCGGGACAACUGGCUACAGGCGCAAAUCAGCGAAGCCUUUGAAUCCUUGUCUCGUUUCAAAGCCACACGCAUGCAGACGACGGAGGGCAUCGUGGAGGAUCAGAAGUUGAUCGACAGUCUCGAAAAGGAGAUUGAGAGUUUGCACCAGCAACUGACAGGCUCAGAUGAUUCACUUGACAAGGAGAUCCAGGCGGCCAAUGAGCGGAAGGAGAAUCUUAUGGAUGAGCGAAAGAUGCUGUGGCGCAGAGAGGCCCAGCUGGACUCCGAAUACUCAACGGCCCAAGAUGAUCUGCGAAGGGCAGAACGAAGCCUGUCGCACAUGAUGGACGGGAACACCAGCCGCGGCCUAGAUGCUGUACGGCGCAUAAAGCAGCAGCACCAGCUCGACGGCUGCUACGGUACUCUGGCCGAACUGAUUGAUGUCCCCCAGCAUCAUACUGCGGUGGAGGUCACCGCUGGAGCCUCGUUAUUUCACUAUGUCGUGGACAAUGAUGACACUGCCACUCGAGUUAUGGAGAUCUUGAACCGCGAGCACGCUGGCCGUAUCACCUUCAUGCCGCUAAACCGGCUCAAACCCAAAACAGCCAAUUUCCCAAACGCGCAGGAUGCAAGGCCGCUGAUGUCGCUGAUCAAGUACGACCCAAAAUUCGAGAAAGCUGUGCAGCAAGUGUUUGGCAAGGCAAUCAUUGCUCAGAAUCUCAGCGUUGCAGCGCAGUACGCCAGAACCCAUGGCCUGACCGCCGUAACACCCGAGGGUGAUCGGUCCGAUAAGAAGGGCGCAUUGACGGGUGGCUAUCAUGACGUGCGUGCUUCCAGGCUGAAGGCCACCAAAGCAGUAUUGGUCGCUCGGGAGGCUUUCGAAGCCAUCAAAGCCGAGAGCAAUGAGGUCAAGAGGAAAAUCGAGAAAAUGGAUCAGACCAUCACCAAAUCCAUGGGUGAGGUUCAGAUACUAGAGCAGCGGAAGAAUCAAGUCCACGGCAAUCAGAGACUCCUCAGACAAGAGAUCAAGAACAAGACGGACAUGCUUCAGCAUGCGAGAGAGGACUUGGAGUUGAAGCAGAAACAGGAGGCAGCCAUUGCUGCCAACGUCAAAAUCCUGACAGAUCAGCAAAAAGACUACGAGGCCGAGUUGGCGUCGGACUUUAAGAAAGCUCUGACACCGGCCGAAGAGGCGCAGCUCGAAGGCCUCACCGGAACCAUACAGAGUCUAAGGCGGGAUCACAACGAGCUGUCGGCGGCUAGAGCGGAGAUUGAAACCAGAAAGGCAGAUCUAGAGGUCAGACUGAACACCAGUCUCAAACCUCAACUUGCCAGUCUUGACGCAGAUGAAGUGGAGACCGAAGCCAAUGUCUCUGCCACGCUGCGAGCCAAGAGAGCUGAGCUGGACCGAUUAACGAAAGAGUUAAAGGUAAUCCAAGACAAUCUCAACGAUCUGGAGGAUCGGCUUGAAACAUCUGCCACGCAGGUGGCCGAGCUCGAAGCACAAGCAGCCGAGACGAAGCGGCAGCAGGAAGAGCUGGCCAAGGCAAUCGAACGACAUCAACGGCGGCUGGAGAAGGCGGUCCAGAAAAAGGCAGCGCUGCUCGCUGCCAAACAGGAGACGAUUGAGAAUAUCCGUGAGCUUGGGGCUAUUCCAGAGGACCUGCGCAAAAAAUACCAGUCGGCGGAUUCCAACGUGAUCGUCAAACGGCUGCAGAAAGCGAAAGAGACUCUGAAGAAAUACAGCUCCGUGAACAAGCACGCCUUUGAACAUUACCGCAAGUCGACCAAGCAGCGAGAAGAGUUGGAGGACAGGCGAAAAGAUCUCGAAGCUGCGAGAGGAGCCAUCCAGAACCUGAUCGAAGUCCUCGACCAGAGGAAGGACGAGGCCAUUCAGCGCACGUUCAAGCAAGUCAGCAAGGCCUUCUCCGAGAUCUUCCAGAAACUGGUCCCGGCGGGGCGAGGCAGAUUGAUUAUCCAGCGAAAGACGGACAAACGUUCGGCUGAGGAUGACGAAUCUGACGCCGAGCAUGAGCCGGUGAACAAGAAUGGAGUUGAAAACUACACUGGGAUCGGGAUCAGUGUCAGCUUCAACAGCAAGCACGAUGACCAGCAGCGCAUCCAGCAACUGAGUGGUGGGCAAAAGAGUCUUUGCAGUCUUGCCCUGAUAUUCGCCAUCCAAGCCACCGACCCGGCUCCGUUCUACAUCUUUGACGAGAUCGACGCCAAUCUGGACGCGCAGUACCGUACUGCGGUUGCAGAUCAUCUCUUGUAUCUUGCAAACCGAGCAGAGGAGGACCCAGCAGAUGGUGAUGAACGUCCACUAGGAGGACAGUUCAUCUGCACGACUUUCCGGCCGGAAAUGCUCAGGGUUGCCGACAAAUGCUUUGGCGUACGAUUCGCCAACAAUGUCAGCACGAUUCGGGAAGAGACGAAGGAUAAUGCCCUCGACUUUAUAGAGUCCCAGACGCAGUAG